AUGCAAUUUCUUGACGAUUUUCAGGAGUAUUUGGCCUCUACCUUUGCUAUAACAAAGAUAGACGUAGAAACAAAUGCCGAGGCCUCUGAGGACGAGAUCAAGGAGUGGGAGGAGAAGAAUCAAGUCAAAGCGCCUAAAGACUUGAAAAAUUUUUACCUCUCCUCAAAUGGACUGCAUGUUAAGUGGAAUGGGAAAUAUGGCGGGCACAAUAUCUACAACAAACCUUCCCUUACUCCCUACCAGAUCUCAGUUAUUGAAUACCUUCAACAAACUCUACUUUUUUUAAAGGUGUUUGGUGGAGUGAGCAUCUGUGCGUUGAACACCUUGGUCAAGUUCCAACCCUGCUGUGAACCCACUGCCUUGGACAAUCCACUAACUUGUUUCACCAACGAUUUCAAGCACUUUCACAAAUCCAACGACUUCUUCAUUCUCAGUCGAUGCACCAAUCACUCCUAUGUCCUUCUCUCACCCUCGUUGGGAAUUUAUCUUUUGAAUAGAUCCAUGGAAUUAGGAUAUAUAUGUGAGGGAUUUAUGGAGUACAUUCGUCUAGCCAUGCUGCAUUACAUGCUUGAUGGAUGGGAGUGCUUUCUUCUGGGCAAUGUGGAUGCUAUCCCCUACGAACACAAUGACCCAUCACCGGAGCCACGAUACCUCUCCAGGUGGCUUUCCGAAUCACGUCUAUCAGUUUAG